AUGGUGGCCGCCGUGCAGAAGCUGCAACUUGGCGAGAAGGUGGCCGGCUGGGAGGUGGUGAAGAAGUUGGGCGAGGGCGGCUUCGGCGCCGUCUACAAGGUGAAACAUCCAUCUGGUCGUGAGAGUGCGAUGAAAAUCGAGGCGUGCUCGGCGACGAUUCGACCCAUGAAGAUGGAGGUGGUCGUCUUGCAGACCGCAAAAAAGGCGCGCGCGACCCACUUCUGCGAGCUGCUCGACGCCGGCAAAUGGGACACGUUCAACUUUUUGGUGAUGACACUCGUCGGACCAUCGCUCCAUGACCUCCGAAAAGCCAAGCCGAAAGGCCGCCAAAUGCUGUCGCUGGGCUGUGCGAUUUCGGUGUCGAUCCAAUGUCUCAAGGCCAUCCAGCAAAUGCACGGUUUCGAGUACCUUCACCGCGACAUAAAACCUCCAAAUUUUGCCGUUGGGCUCGAAGACCCGAAAAAGAUUGUGAUGCUGGACUUUGGAAUGGCGCGGAAAUUCACGGAACCGGGAGGGCAGAUACGCGAGCCCCGACAGGUGGCCGCUUUUCGCGGUACUGGAAGAUACGCACCGCUGUCGGCCCACCUGUUAAUGGAGCAGUGCCGGAAGGACGAUCUGGAGAUGUGGCUCUACUUGGCUAUCGAGAUGACGACGAACGGGCUGCCGUGGAAGCACCUCUCUGCGGACGAGGAGAUUUUAGUCAUGAAAAACGAGGCCCGAACGGAUGGAAAGAUGGCCAUCCUAUUUGGGGGAUGCCCACGCGAAUAUGUGGUGCUCAUGAAAUAUAUCGAUCAGCUGCAAUACCGUGACCUUCCCCACUACGAACAAAUGGUUGGCAUGUUGCGAAAGGCCGUCGAGAAGAAUGGCUGCCAGGAAUAUCCAUGGGAUUGGCAGCCCGAGAGCAAGCAUUUCGCCGAGAUCAAGCUCGAUCAGCCUCCCGGGAAAUCGGCCGAGCCGGCAGCAGCUGCAAGUCCCGAUAAGAAGACGCCGAGUCGAGAGAAA